AUGGCGUUCGUGAGUGCUGUGACAGGCGACGACUCCACUAGGAAGUUUAUGGAAGUCCUUCAAAAUGACUUCAAGACUCUUAGCUUGGAGACGAAGAAGAAAUAUCCCCAAAUAAGAGAGGCAUGUGACGAGGCCAUAGAGAAGCUGUCGCUGGCAUCUAACAACCCUCAGGCUUCUCUAUAUGGAGUAGUCAACCAGAUCCUCUACCCGCUUGUGCAAGGAUGCGAAUCCAAAGAUUUGAAGAUUAUCAAGUUCUGUCUAGGCACGAUCCAGCGCUUGAUUGCCCAACAAGGCAUAGAUGCGAAAGGCGCACGCCACGUCGUAGACUGCCUCUUUAAUCUCGGCCAGGCUGGAGUGCUGGAGCUGAAAUUGCUGCAGACUGCUGCACUGCUCAUGACCACGUCUGAUCUAGUGCAUGGAGACACUUUGGCUAGGACAAUGGUAAUGUGCAUGCGAAUGGUGUCGACCACCGAGACGCGCGACGUUAGCACGAGUCACGCGGCCUCUGCAACUGUACGGCAGCUCGUUGCUCUGGUCUUUGAAAGGGCGCUUGCAGAGGCAGAAGGUACACUAAAAGUGAAUCCAGCAGAUAUUAGACCUCAAAACAACAGCAAAGCGCCAAAAGAUUUGAAACCUUGCGCCGUGGACGCAUACCUCAUUUUGCAAGACAUAAUUCAAUUAAUAAACGGCGAUUCCGCCCACUGGCUGGUGGGCAUAUCUGACGUGCCAAAAACCUUCGGCCUGGAGCUGCUGGACACCGUUUUGACGGACUUCUCGCCUAUUUUCUUUAAGAUAUCGGAGUUCAGAUUUUUAUUGAAGGAACACGUAUGCGCAUUGAUCAUAAGGCUAUUUUCACCCAAUGUCAAAUACAGGGCCGCAUUUACGGCGCUGCACAUUCCGGGCGCGAGCACGGGCGCGGCGCCCACUAGUCCCGCGGGCGAACGGCCGCACUUCCCCGUCACCAUGCGACUGCUGCGAUUGGUCUCCAUCAUCAUCCACAAGUACCACGAUCUCUUGGUAACGGAGUGCGAAAUAUUUCUAUCUCUAACAAUAAAGUUCUUGGACCCAGACAAACCGCUCUGGCAGAGGGCGUUGGCGUUAGAAGUGUUACACAAGAUGAGUAUACAGCCAGAUCUUCUGAAAGCAUUCUGCUCGUGUUACGAUAUGAAGCCGCACGCGACAAACAUCUUCCAGGACAUCGUGAACGCGUUAGGCGCGUACGUGCAAAGCUUGUUCGUCGCCACUCAAGUUAAUACGCCUCUCGGUGUAUCCGGCAUACCGCAGCAGUCAGGUUUUUACUGGAAAGGCGUGUGGUUACCUCUGUGUGUCACGUUCGAUCCUGGAACGGCAAAAUCUGUUUAUAUAGAAAUGCUAGACCGCACGGAAGCACCGACUAUACAAGACGGCUACGGUAUCUCAGUGGCGUACGCUUGUCUCAUGGAGGUGAUAAGGUCAAUCGCUAUCACUGUCGAGGGGAACGAGUAUUUUAGAUUACAAGAACUGUACGAAGAUGGGAACUGCGAUAGAGACGAAAAGGAAGCCAAUAAAAAUAUAAACAAUCAAAAAGAAUCAGACCAAAAGACAGACAAUAAAGAAAUAACGAACAACGGCCACAAUGGAGAAGCAGAUCAGAAUUCAAACGUUGUUGACAAAAUUGACGCUGACGCUGAGGACAAAGAAAGGCAGCUACAAUUACAGUUGCUGAAGUCGUCGUGGUGCGGCUUGGUGUGGGGUUUGUCGGUGCUGGCAGAAGCGAGUAUCGGAGAACUAGAGAAUAUCUUACGUGCCAUACAGACGCUUGCUAGGGUUAGCGGGAAGGUGGGGCACGCGGUGGGCCGCGACGCGUGCAUCAGCGCGCUGUGCCGCGCGGCGCUGCCGGCGCAGUACUGCGUGCCGGCGCUGGGCGCGCUGCCGUGCCCCUGGCGCCGCGAGGUGCCGGCGCCCGAGCCCGACUGCCGCCACCAGGUCGUGUGGGUGGGCACGCCGCUGCCCACGGCGCAGCCGCCUGUCGGUCAACAACAAUCCUUCGUUAUGGUGACAUCGAGACACGUCACAGCAAUGAAGGCUUUGCUGUGUGCGGCCCAAAGAGACGGCGACACAAUACAGCAGGCUUGGUUGCCUGUACUCACCACUUUGCAGCAUUUGGUAUGGAUUCUGGGGCUAAAGCCAUCGACAGGCGGUAGCAUGAAGGCGAGUCGAGCUAGCGCCGACGCGAACGCCGUUAUGAGCACAUCGGCCGUCAUGGCCGAUUUACCAGGGCAGCAAGUUCCCGUUGCCGAGUCACUCGGAGUCAUGAGUGCUCUCUCAGCGAUGCUGUCUCGAGUCUUCGAGUCGUCCAAGAACUUGGACGACGUAGCAUUGCACCAUUUGAUUGAUGCUCUCUGUAAGCUGUCCAAUGAAGCAAUGGAACUAGCAUAUUCUAACCGGGAGCCAUCACUGUUCGCUGUAGCCAAAUUAUUAGAGACUGGUUUGGCGAAUAUGCACAGGAUAGAAGUUACAUGGAGGCCUAUUACUAACCAUUUAUUGGAGGUGUGUCAACAUCCUCAUAUAAGAAUGAGAGAAUGGGGCGUCGAAGCCAUAACUUAUUUAGUGCAAGCCGCUUUCCAGUAUCAUCACAACAACCCUGUUCAUGUAACUGAGGCUCGAGAACGCCUUCUUCUGGAACCCCUGGCGGAACUAUGUUCAGUACGGCAUUGUGACGUCAGAGCGCGGCAGCUGGAAUGCGCCGCACGGCUAUUACAUUCACGAGGAGACCAGCUUGGUGCGGCUUGGCCUCUGAUGAUGGAGAUAAUCUCUGCUAUAUCUGCACAUCACAGUGAACAACUUAUCCGGUCAGCCUUCCAAUGCGCGCAAGUGGUAGCCGGCGACCUUCUCGGCUGCGCCGGCCCGAGGUGUCUCCGACGCGUUUUGACUACAGCUGCUGCGUUUGCGCAACAGACCAAGGAACUCAACAUCAGCCUUACGGCUGUGGGACUUAUGUGGAACAUCUCUGACUACCUCUACCACAACCGCGACAAGCUAGUGGCAGCCCUGGCUAAUGACACGGCGGUGUGCCCAGAAGUGCCCAACCAUGCUGAGUUGCCUCCACUCGACAAGCUCUGGAUGUGUCUUUACAUUAGACUCAGUGAACUAUGUACGGAACCGAGAGCACCAGUCCGCCGUGCGGCCAGCCAGACGUUGUUUAGCUGCAUCGGCGCCCACGGCACUCUACUUAGCAAGCCCGCCUGGAGAACUUUGUUGGCUGUGCUCUUCCCUAUGCUGGAUCAGGUUCAAAAACAAUCGAACAUAGCGAGUUCAGAGAAGGUGGACACGGGAGAACACAUAUUAAUACAUCACACGAGAAAUACGGCACAGAAACAAUGGGCCGAAACGCAGGUGUUAACCCUCUCAGGGGUAUCGCGAGUAUUCCACUCCAGGUUUCAGCUGUUGACUACAGUAGGAGACUUCAGCAGGUCCUGGGCGGCGCUUCUAGAUUAUAUCACUGACUUCGCAUUGAGAAGGAGCCACGAGGUGUCAGUAGCAGCUUUAAAAUCAUUCCAAGAGGUAGUAUCGGCAGCAGGGAGGGCGGCAGAGGCCACAGAAGGCGGGGUACUGCAGAGACGAGUAUGGGCGUCAGCUUGGACCGCCUGGACUAACAUCGCUUCUGCUUUAUCAGAACCACAACCCUUGCCCGAAGACGGCAAGGCGGUGGAAAUGUACGCACCCUCGCUCAACUUCCUCACAACUUUAGUCCAAAUAUUCCCUCUCAUCUUCCAACACAUACGACCUACAUUCACCCCUGCAGACGUUCAGAAGUUAGGCGAAUGUUUGUCGAACAUUUGCUCAGUGGAACCUUCGGCGUCGGCGCUGGACGGCCUCGGCACUACUUGCGCGCCUGUUAGUUUGCACGCCCUUCAUUGUCUCGACACUGUGCAUAAGGAGGCGCUAGUGCGGCACGAGCUGCUGUCGGCGAUGUUCGGCGCGCUGACGGGGCUGGCGCGCGCCUGCGCCGACCAGCCGGGCGCCACGGCGCGCUGCCUGGCGGCCGCCGCGGCGCUGUACCGGGCGGCGCCGGCGCUCUGCGUCGACGUGCUGCCGCAGCUGCUGCAGGCUCUCCAUUCGGCCGUUAAGAAAUGCACGGUCGACAAGCGGCGAAGAAGCAACGACCAACCGGACGAACCCACGCAGAUAGCUUCACUUUUAUUGCAAAUAUUAGGAACAGGUUUACCUCUGGCGCGAGAGCGGCCUGAUGUAUACAAGGACUUCUGGGAAACAUUACCCUCUGUACUGGAAACUUUCAUGUUUGAUCCACCUGUGGGCGGCACGUCUCACGCCCGCGAGCUGGUGGUCCUCAUCCGGGACGAAGUCCUUCGGGGCUCGCCUCGGGUACCCUCGAUUCACGUGCAAAAAGUUCUCGCCUUGGUGCGCGCUGGGUCGCUACAUGUGCACCAGCAACAGAACAACGCUACACAAAACGAGCAAGAAUUACGAGAGAGAGAGGAGUUCGCUCGAACUUGUUUUGAAACAUUACUACAGUUCUCUAUGUUAGAAGACAUGGACUCUUUUGCCGGCGUUAACAAUGAAAGUGACCCGUUAGCAAUAGUAGCGCUUCUAGACAGAUUCCAAGAAGUUAUAUCUAGGUAUACGAGAGACGAUGACAACGCUGAACCUUUGCCCAGACAUCAGUUAUCAGAGCUGUCGUUUGUGCUAAAAGCAAUAGCGACUUUAACGGAGUCCAUGAAGAAAGCGGCUCCCGGCAAAGUGGACGCAACCGCGUGGCAUAAGUUAAUAGGCGUGUACCCGUCGCUGGUGGCGCUGGCGUCGUGCGCGCACACGUGCUGCGCGGGCGCAGCGCUGCGCGAGGCGCUGCUGCAGUUCGGCGCGCUGCUGCGCGCGCCCGCGCCGCCCUAGCGCCGCACCCGGCGGCUCUACACCCUGCACCUCUAGUGCGUCGCUCGUGCCGCAUAGCCUUAUUCUAGUGUCGAUUCACGGUAGCUGUAAUAAAACCAUCACCAUGAUUGAAACAAUCAUACGGCUAAGUUAAAAGAACUAGAAACUGUUCCCAGUUAUUUUUGUAACAAAUCAUUUGUUAUUAAUUUUAAACUGUUAUUGUAUAGGCAAUAAAUUGUGUAAUUAUUUUGAGUCUUAUUUAUUUUGUAGGAUUUGUAUCUUUAGUGGUAUGUGAAAUUUUAUAAUAGAAGGUGAAAUUUAAUUCGUUCGAUGAAUUUUAAGUGGUAAUUUAUGAUAUAUGUCUGAUAGCGUGUGUGUAAUGUCCUAGUCGGUUUCGGCUACAGCGACUGCUAUUAUUUAGAAUUAGAGCUGAGGUUGUUUGCUCUUUCAUGUUCCCUUAGAUGGCUACAGUAGCCAAUCUUGUUGGUAAAUAUUCGCAAACAGUGGCAACACGUAAGGGCACCGUCAACAUAGUAAUAAAAGAUGGCUGUAGGUGUCUUAGCCUUCAGAGCAUCACGUUUCGCGUCCGGGUCUGACAGUCUCUGCUCCUCAAAUUUCGUCACUUGAGAUUUCACAAAGUGUCUCCACCCACCACGGCAACUCGACUGCAUGUCCUACCUCGAGGGAUCAAUGUUGCAACUUUUCAUGUGUCUUUAUCAGAACAUAUUUGUAUCUCAAGAACUGGCCGCCUUGCUUCCGCUUGCCAUUCUGGAGUUCAGAAAAGAAGAUAACGUAUAUGUAGAUUAGAACGACUUUCUACAAUGUCACCUCGCACAGUUUGUAUUUAUAAAUAUCACUUGAUUUGAACAAACAUUUACUUUUUUUGUGACACUAAAAAUCGAGUCGAGCAAGUCUUUACUAUUGGCCCACCUGUAACAGUUGCAUUGCCACUCAUUGCUUUAAAUCAUCUCCUUAAGAUGACAAGUCCCAUGUGCUUGUAAUUUCACCAUUACCCUUCCUUACUCAUCCUUGAAAACCAAAAAGCAUUAAGAUUCACAUUACUGCUUGGUGGCAGAAAUAAUAUUAUUAUUCGUCACAGGAGAAUAUGCGUUCUUAUUAAAUAAUUGAAGUAUAAUUUGCUUACCUCUGAAAUGAAGACAUAU